AUGGCAAUUGAGUUCAAAAGAGAAAAUCAUAUUACUCCAACAGCUUCAGUUUGGGUACUAGCUGAAAAAUACUCAAAGCCCAUCAAGGUCAUUACUCUCUUUGAUACAGGGUUAGCAUUUAGCUUCUUGGAUCCCAACUUCCUGCCCAAAGACAAAUGGAAACCGUGUUCCCAAGGUUUCAAAACUGCCAAUGGAGGAAAUUUUGGCGUUCAGAGAAAAAGUGUUCCAAUCUACAUUAGACUCUACCCUGGUCAUUUAAUUAAAGCCACAUUUUAUGGAUUCAAUUUUCUUGGAGAAGAAAUGCUUAUUGGGUUCGAUAUUAUCCAACACAUAGGAAAGAUCCAGUGGACAAAACAAGGACUCAAGUUUCGAAACUAUCUGGUCCAAUGGAUAAGGACUCCAAUAGUUUUCCAUAUUACUCAAACAAUGGAAGAGAUCAAGGCCCAACUCAUCCAUUUUAACUGUGCAGAUAACCACAAUGAAUUCUUGAAGAAAUGUCUAAAGCCGUUAUGGAAGAAUUCAGAAUUCUUUGUCAACCUUCCUUUCAAGAAAAAUGAAGACAUUAACCCAACGAAGGCUAGUCACAAAGGAAUGAACCCAGAUCAUUAUGCAUUGGCCCAAGCCGAACUGACCCAAUUACAAGAUAAAGGGUUAAUUGAACCCACCAAACCACAAUGGGCUUGUGAAGCCUUUUAUGUUAGUCUCUUUUCACAGCUUUCGGUGGCUCAGGUCUUCUCAAAGUUUGAUUUGAAAGUUGGAUUUUGGCAACUAGGCAUUAGCCUAAAAGAUAGGCCCAAAACAGCAUUCUGCAUUCCAAACCACCACUACCAAGGGAUUGUCAUGCCAUUUGGGCUUAAAGUUGCUCCAUCUAUCUUUCAGAAGGCAAUGACCAGAAUAUUCCAACCCAUGCUCCAUCAUGCCCUGGUUUACAUUGAUGAUAUCCUAUUAUUCUCAAAAGAUGAGGAGACACAUGGCAAACUUUUGAAUGAUUUCAAGAAAUUAAUCACACAAUAUGGGAUUAUGCUGUCUGAAAAGAUGAUUAUUGGAGUUAAUACUGUGGAUUUUCUCGGUAUGAAAAUUUGCCAAGGAAAGUAUGAACUCCAACCACAUAUUGCGACACAACUUAACACUUUUCCGGACAAUUAG